AUGAAAAGCGGAACCCUGACCUCCCCACCCAGAGAACAAAAUCGGAAGAAGCCAAAAACAAACCAAACCACCUCUGAACCCUCAGCUCCGCCAUUUCGCAGCGUAUCCGCCUGCAAUAGAUGCCGCCUCCGCAAACACCGCUGCGAUCAGCGCCUCCCUCGCUGUGAGUCAUGCGAGAAAGCCCAAGUUCGCUGCGUAGGCUACGAUCCUCUCACCAAACAGGAGGUGCCACGUAGCUAUGUGGCAUUCCUUGAAAGCCGCGUCAAUUAUCUCAACCAGGUCCUCAUCGACAAUGGCAUUGGGUUCAAACCCGCUAUCGCUUAUGAUGAAGAAGAGGCGCUGAAGAUGGAGGCCAGCCAGUCGCCAAGAUUUGCGUCUGGGCUGAGGGACGUGAGAGAAUUGCCAGAGCAGACGCAGAUCAGGGCAGGGGCAUGGACGUCCCGUAAGAGGAAAUCAUCUCAGUAUUCUGAGGACGCCAUCCCGACGAGACAGGUUAAACGCUUGGCGCAGUUAAAUGUCCUUCUCACGGAGCUGUUGACUGAUGGCUGUGGGCAUAGCCAAUGUUCUCGGGUCCCUGAGAGGGGCUAUAUGCGUGCUGGUGGUAGGAGUCGUGUGAAGGAUGAUUCUCUUGAACAGAGACUACCGUGGUCUCCGCGGAGCUUUGAUUCCAUAGAUCACGGUGGUAGCCAUGCGACUAGGUCCGAGUCGCCGGUGUCAUCGCAUGAGCCAUAUCAAUAUCCUAGGACGACUUCUGGGCGCAGGUCGUCUCUGCUUGGUGCCAAAACUAUAUUGGAAUCAGAUCAUGAGCGCGAAGUACAUGGCGCAAAGAGACAACCCGGGAUCGAGCUUGAUUUGGUAGAUCUCAAGUUCGAGCCCAGUACCAAGCCUGUUGCUGGGGGCGGUAGAUUGGGAAGCAACAAUGUCAUUCGACGUUUGAAUGUUCCGAGUCGUGCUUCUUCGCCAGAGGAUGAGAGUCGUUCUAGUCCCGAGCCCAAGUUUGAUAUUGCUGCCGAUCUUCUUAGGGGACGGAGGGAGAGGGAAAGAGCUAAUUAUGAUUUGUUGGAUGAGUUCCUUGUUGACUGGGCUGAUUGA